AUGAUGAAAAACCAAUCAAACACAUCAGCAAAAUCAUAUCAUAAAGCUACGACUACACCCACCAACUUCAGAGCAGCGAAGAAUGAACAUGCAUCCACUCAUGUAUCUCAGAAUGAUAUAACCGAAACCUUGUUGUCAACAGCAGUCGUCAAGAUAACAGGAGCAGAUGGAACUCAACAUACAAUGAGAGCUUUGAUUGAUCAAGGAUCACAAAUAUCAAUAAUAAGCGAACAUGCCGCUCAAAUUUUAAAAUUAAAGAGAAAUAAAUGUAAGGGUACAAUUUUUGGCAUCGGAGAAAAAGAAAAUAACUGUAAAGGUGUAAUGAAACUUCGCAUCCAGUCUAUUUACAGUGACUUUGCGAUAGAAGGAGAGACCCUUAUUAUGAAAAGUUUAAUCAAAAACUUACCAAAUAAAACAUUUGUUAAACCAUCUUGGCCUCACAUACAAACCAUUAAUUUAGCGGAUCCCGAAUUCUAUACCAGCCGUGCAGUGGAUUUACUUCUUGGAGCCGAUGUAUACUGUAAAAUAAUGCUAGGUGGCAUUUUAAGAGGAGAUAGUGAGGAUCAACCAAUCGCUCAGCAAACACAAUUAGGAUGGCUGCUUUGCGGGACAAUGAAAACCCGUUACAAUUGCAACGUCGUUCUUCAUAAUACAGAUGACUUGCGCAGAUUUUGGGAAAACGAAGACAUCAACCAGCAAAAUGAAAUGUCCACUGAAGACCAUGAAUGUUUGCAGUUUUUCUUGUCAACCACAGAAAGACUUGAAGAUGGUAGAUUUCAAGUUCGACUACCAUUCAAAAAAGACUCCAAGGAACAACUUGGAGCCAGUAAACCAUUAGCUUUGGCGCAGUUUCGUAAUCUAGAGAAAAAGUUACAGAGGAAUCCAGAAGUAAAACGAGAAUACGAAAAGUUCAUGAAUGAAUAUAUUACGUUAAACCAUAUGUCACUAUCAAACACAAAUGCGACACCUGAGUGCUAUUUACCGCAUCACAGUGUAAUUCGAGCGGAGUCAACGACCACAAAACUACGUGUUGUGUUCAACGCGUCUGCAAGAUCUCUAUCCGGAGUAAGUCUUAAUGAUAUCAUGUAUAGAGGUCCCAAUUUGCAACAGGAUCUUCAGGAAUUAAUCCUCAAAUGGAGGCAGUAUGAGUAUGUUUACACUGCGGACAUUGAAAAAAUGUACCGACAAAUAUUAGUGCAUCCCGAAGAUCAACCAUACCAGAAAAUAUUAUGGAGAGACAAUCAAAACCAGCCAAUUCGUACCUAUCAACUUACCACCGUUACCUACGGUACAAAACCCGCACCAUUUCUAGCUAUGAUGUGUUUGAAGCAGUUAGCAACUGCCGAACAGAAAAAUUAUCCCGACGCAGCAAAAGCUUUAGAAGAAAGCUUCUACAUGGAUGAUUACUGUGGGGGCCAACAUUCAAUAGAGCAGGCAAAUCAAUUAAAACAAGACCUAAUAAAAAUACUCCGCAAAGGCGGAUUUAAUUUAAGAAAAUGGGCCUCAAACGAACCUAAGCUGCUGUCUGAUUUAGAUAAAAGUUUGUGUAACCAGCAAACAUAUGAGUUCAAACAAUCCGACUCCACCAAAACGUUAGGGCUUGCCUGGAACCCUCAAAAGGAUAAAUUUAUAUUUGACUCCAAAUUAGAACAGGAAGUAACAACCAAACCAACCAAAAGGUCUCUGCUAUCGGACAUCUCAAAACUGUUCGAUCCAUUAGGAUGGCUUACCCCUUUGAGUAUUACUAUGAAAAUAAUGUUCCAGACUGUAUGGUUAUCAAACCUGAGCUGGGAUGAUAUUCUACCAAACGAUAUAGAAACUAAAUGGACCAAAUUGAGAAGAGACCUAAAAGAAAUUAAUACCAUAGAAGUAAAUAGAUGGCUCGGAAUACGCAAAGACGACAAGGUACAAUUACACGGGUUUUGUGACGCAUCAAACCAAGCGUAUGCCGCUGUGAUAUACUGCCGAGUCAGCAAGGGAGAGAAUUCUACGGCAGUCUUAGUGGCAGCGAAAGCUAAAGUAGUGCCUAUAAACAAAACUAUUUCGACGCCUAGGCUGGAGUUAAUGGGUGCUCAACUACUAUCAAAACUAAUCCAAAAAGUAAAAAGUUGCUUGGAAGAUUACAACAUACAAACUUAUUGCUGGACCGACUCCACUGCUGUUUUAGGGUGGAUCCAAGGAGAUCCAGGGAGAUGGAAACCAUUUGUAGCCAAUCGAGUACAAACUAUUACCAAGUUAAUACCAUCCGAACAUUGGAAAUAUGUCAACACUAGCGAAAACCCAGCUGACUGCGCGAGUCGGGGAUUGGCCACUAAACAAUUGAAAGAACAUGAGCUGUGGUGGCACGGACCGUCAUGGAUUAAAUCAUUCCAAAACCAGGAUACAACUCAACCAACUUACAUAACUAACUUGGAAGUCAAGAAAUCAUCGACCAAGAUGGGAUUUUACGUGUAA